UAGCCUCGUCUGAUUUCAUGGGCCCUGCAGCCCCGACUUCCCUAGAGGGUACCACGACUCCUCAAGGCCCCCAGGGCUCUGGCUUGGGAGCCCCGUCCAAUGCGCGACCCCUUUUCUCGCCUGGGGACAUCUUCCCCCAACGAAACUCGCCUCGCUGGGGCCCCUAGGUUACCUGGGACUCGGGGCUAGGUUAGAGGGCAACUACGCUGCUCAAGAGAUCGCAAUGAAGUCCGUAGAUCUCCAGGCUAGAGCCGCAGAGGGAGGUGGCACGGUGGAGAACGAGGGGCUGGGCGUGGACAGUAGCCCUGGGGUCGUCCGGAGUCCUCGCGCCCUCAACGCGCGAAGGCAGUGGACUGAUAUCUGCGCCGAAGUCGCGCGUACCCCAGGGAGGGUCGGGACCCUAGAAAUCUCGGACGCCGCAGCCGUCCCGGGCAGUCAUCGCUUUUCCCAAGCCUGGGAGUCCGGGGCCCUGCAAGGUUUCUCCGCGCUGUGGUCUCGGGAGCGCAGUGCGGAGGGAGCCAAGCUGUCUGCCGGCUGUCUGGGGACAAGCCGAAAACAGGGACGUCUCUGCAAUGCGUCCGACGCCAGCCGUCCUGUUCUGCUGCCUCCGGGGGAUGCUGCAGCCCAGGUUCUCCCGUCCCCCCACGCUGCCCGGCUCUCAGCCUCCCCUGCUCCCCGCGCUGUGGGGUGGCGGAGGAUGGUCCCACGCUGACGCGCCGCGCUGGGCUGGGUACCUGGGAAGAGCGCCCGCCUCCCGGCCUCCGAGUCGGGCACCUGUGAGAAAGAGGAGAAAAUUCAGGCCUGGUGCUCAAGGCUCAGAGAUGAGGAGACCUCCCCAUCCCUCCAAAUUCCUGCCCGCGGUGUUGGGGUUGACCUCCUGGAAGCUGGCCUCUCCCUGAGUAUUCCCCAGCAUUACGCGGGGCUGUGGAUCUAAUUUCAAUUCAUUUGAAAAACAAAAGGACCAACCCUUCCUGACUUUUGGCGGUGGAGGAGGCUUUUAGGUUGGGGCCAGCGGUUCCAUCAAUCCAGGAAAGAGUUUGGGUUUGGGGGUUAAAGGGCCCAGGUUGAGUCAGCGACUUACUGGUGGUGCAGCCCCUAGGCCUCCCAGAUCGUAGUUCCAAAUUUUAUGUAAAACAACUAAUUUAUGGAGCCAUUUAACAAAUGGCGGAAAGAAGUGAGAGACCCUCUGUUGGGACGUUGGCCUCUCCCCUUAGAAGUGAAGCCACUUCGGAAGUGGUGGGUGAACUGAAGGCAGUUCCCAAGCAGUGAAGAGAAAAGAAAUACCCCGAAAUGGUUCUUUGAGGUCGGCUCUUCGGCUGGACUCUGCCCCCUUUUUCCUUCCCCCUUUCCUAAAGAUUUCUAAUUUUUCUCAAAGGAAUGCUAGUAGUGGGAG